GGAUCCAGGCCGAGCAUCGAACCCGCGCCGCGGCCACAAUGACGGCGUCCAAAGACCCGACGAAGAAGAAGCCCAAGGAGUCCCAGCAGGACGAGGAGUUUGUGGACGUGAGCCCGCCGGCGAGGAACUGGAAGGGCAUCGCCAUCUCCCUGCUGGUCAUCGUGGUCGUGUGCUCGCUCAUCACCAUGAGCGUGGUCGUCCUCACACCCGUGGAGGUUCCCGGCAGCAGCAGGUCCAGGCUGACGGUGGCGGACCUGUACAAGCCCGAGUUCAGCGUCCACGACCCGGAGGCCACGUGGAUCAGUGAUUCCGAGGUGGUUUACAGGAACCGCGACGGCCACGUCAUCAAGUUCAACUUCGCCCUGAACGAGACGGAGGUCAUUCUGAGCAACAGCACGUUUGUGGCUUUCAAGGUGGCCAAGUACUCGCUCUCUGCAGAUCUGAAGUACGCCCUGUUCGCCUACGACGUCAAACGGAUGUACAGAUAUUCCUACACGGCGUCUUAUAUCGUCUACAACAUCUACACGAGGGAGGUUUGGGAGCUGAAUCCUCCUGAGGUCCAGAACGCUGUGCUCCAACACGCAGCCUGGGGCAAACAAGGACAACAGCUGAUCUACAUCUUUGAGAACAACAUCUACUACCAGUCGGAUGUGAAGAGCGUCUCCCUGAGGAUCACUUCCUCUGGGAAGGAGGGCGUCAUCUUCAACGGCCUCUCUGAUUGGCUGUACGAAGAGGAGAUCCUGCGCUCGCACCUGGCUCACUGGUGGUCGCCGGACGGGGAGCGACUGGCCUUCCUGACCAUCGACGACACCCGGGUGCCCAACAUGGCUCUGCCCCAGUUCACCGGCAGCACCUACCCCAAAGGCCUGCAGUACCCGUAUCCUAUGGCCGGUCAGACCAACCCUGCGGUCAAGCUGUCGCUGGUCAACCUGUUCGGAGCGACUCACACUCAGGAGCUGCAGCCUCCCGAUCAGCUCCGGCACAGAGACUUCUACGUCACCAUGGUGAAGUGGAUAAGCUCCACCCACCUGGUGGUGCGCUGGCUCAACCGGGCGCAGAACGUGUCGCUGCUGACGGAGUGCGACGCCACGUUGGGAGUCUGUCAUCAGAGACACCGGGACACCUCGGAGACGUGGCUGUCCAGACAGGGACAGGCGCCGCUGUUCUCUAAGGACAGGAGCAGGUUCUUCCUCACGCUGCCUGUGAAACAAGGAGGUCAGGGAGAUUUCCACCACAUCACCAUGUUCACAAAGAAGCUGCGGAGCGACCAGGACGAGGUUCGCCAUCUGACCUCCGGCGACUGGGAGGUGACGGAGAUCGUAGCUUAUGACGAGAACAACCAGCUCGUAUACUUCCUGAGCACAGAGGACUCGGCGCAGCAGAGACACUUAUUCUGGGUCUCCACCCUCGGCCUGUUUCCACGGCGAUGUCUCACCUGUGGACUGAAGGAGGAGUGUACGUUCUUCGACGCGAACGUCCACCCCGAUGCACAGCACGCCGUCCUGAGCUGUGAAGGCCCUGGAGUUCCAGCUGUGCUGCUCCUGAAUCUGGACGACGUGGACUCGUAUUUCAUCCUGGAGAACAACCUCCCGCUGCGGACGGCGCUCCAGACCAAGAGGACGGUUCAGACCGACAUCCGCGUCAUCACCCACGGCAACUUCGAGCUGCCGCUGAAGCUCAACUACCCCCCCGACUUCUCCGAGUCCUUCCUCUACGGCCUCCUCCUCGUCGUCGGCAGUUCUCCCGGGACCCAGACGGUGACGCAGGAGUUCAAGCCGGACUGGGACUGGGUGCUGGUGGGAUCUGAGCAGGUCAUCGUGGCUCGACUGGACGGCAGAGGUUCUGGGUUCAGAGGUCAAAGGGUUUCACAGGAGGUUCAUCUGAAGCUCGGCUCCGUGGACGCUGAGGACCAGAUGGCUGCUCUCGAAUACCUGGUGAAGCUGCCGUUCAUCGACCGCACUCGAGUCGGAGUCUUCGGAGAGGAUUACGGCGGCUUCCUGGCGCUGACCAUGCUGAAGUCUCCGGAGCGGCUGGUGAGAUGCGCUGCAGCUCAGACUCCGAUCAUCGACUGGUCCAUGUACGCCUCGGCCUUUUCUGAGCGAUACUUGGGCUCGCCCUCCACCGAGGAGAGCAAAUACCAGGCGUCCAGAGUCCUGAGCAACAUGAAGGGUCUGCAGGGAGGAACUCUGUUCCUGGCUCACGGGACGGCCGACGCCAACGUCCACUUCACGCACUCGGCUGAGCUCAUCAAGCACUUGAUAAAGAUCGGAGCCAACUACACCAUGCAGAUUUACCCGGACGAGGGACACUUCCUGUCCCAGCGCAGCCGCAUCCAGCUGACUCACUCCCUGAUCGCUUAUUUCCGCGGCUGUCUCCUCGACGCGUCAUCGCUACUCGAGCAGCAGGGGGACGACGACUGAGAGGAACAGCCUUUCACCCCUGUGUGUCUCCGUUUGUGUGUCCCUGAGCGUUUGUGUCCCCCCCGUAGACUCAAGUGUGUGUCUGUGUGGGCGCGUGUGUGUGUUUUUUAUACCUGUCGUACAAUAUUUGACAAAACAAGCUUCUUCUCGACAUUAUAGAUUAGUUUCCAUCGCUCGUCACCUCAGUAGAAUAAAGUCCCACCGUCCGCUCUAUUGUCGAGUGUCACGAUGCUGUGCAGACCUGUAGGGGGCGCUAGCGUAUUAUUUAAUUCAAAAUGUAUUUAAAUACGUAAAUAAGUGACGGUAGCUUGUUGAUAAUGUGUGUAACUUCGGCCACUAGGGGUCGCCCAAUCAAAACAAUAACAAAAGAGUAUAUACUAUAUGUAUAAAAGUUUUACUGACGUUACACAGAAGCAUAAAUCUAGUGUUUAGACAUUUUAAUGAAGAAUUGUUGCAUAUUUUAUCUUUAAAGAUUCUGCAAUUGGCAAAAAUCUAAAGUUAAAAAUGAUGAUCAACCAAGUGAAACAAAUGCAUUUAAAUUGAAACG